GCCGGCCGUGCGCUCCGGCCGUGCCUCCCGCCUCGCGUCCCCGCCUGUCGUCUACAGCCCAAUCUCCCGCUGCUCCGGAAGACUUAGAGACAUGUCUGAGUUUUGGCUUAUUUCGGCUCCUGGUGAUAAGGAAAACUUACAAGCUCUGGAGAGGAUGAACAAUGUAACCUCGAAGUCCAACCUGUCCCACAACACCAAGUUUGCCAUCCCCGACUUCAAGGUGGGGACCUUGGAUUCCCUUGUUGGUCUCUCUGAUGAGUUGGGGAAACUUGAUACCUUUGCUGAAAGCCUCAUAAAGAGAAUGGCGCAGAGCGUGGUGGAGGUCAUGGAAGACUCCAAGGGCAAAGUCCACGAGAACCUCCUGGCUAAUGGAGGUCUGAAGGAAAAGAUGAAGUGUUUAAAGAUUGACUUGACAUCCUUUGUGACACACUUCGAGUGGGACAUGGCCAAAUAUCCUGCCAAGCAGCCACUGAUGAACGUGGUGGACACACUGGCCAAGCAACUGGCACAAAUUGAGACAGACCUGAAGUCCCGCACAGCCGCGUACAGUGUUCUGAAGACCAACCUGGAGAACUUGGAGAAGAAAUCCACGGGAAACCUCUUCACUCGGACAUUGAGCGACAUUGUCAGCAAAGAAGACUUUGUACUUGAUUCGGAAUAUCUCACAACCCUUCUGGUCAUCGUUCCCAAGUCAAGCUAUGCACAGUGGCAGAAGACGUAUGAGUCCCUGUCCGACAUGGUGGUCCCUCGGUCAACCAAACUGAUCGCCGAGGACAAUGAGGCUGGCCUCUUCACAGUGACUCUCUUCCGCAAAGUGACUGAAGACUUCAAAGUUAAAGCCAAAGAAAACAAGUUCAUUGUCCGGGAAUUUUACUAUGAUGAAAACGAAAUUAAAAGAGAAAGGGAAGAGAUGACCAGGCUGCUGUCUGAUAAGAAACAACAGUAUCAAACUUCCUGUGUUGCUCUUAAAAAGGGAUCAACCACCUACCGGGACCACAAGGUUAAGGUAACCCCGCUAGGGAACCCCGCUAGGCCCGCUGCGGGGCAGACCGACAGAGACAGAGAGAGUGAGGGCGAGGGCGAGGGACCUCUGCUGCGCUGGCUCAAGGUGAACUUCAGCGAGGCCUUUAUUGCCUGGAUCCACAUAAAGGCCCUGAGAGUGUUUGUGGAGUCUGUGCUCAGGUACGGACUCCCAGUGAACUUCCAGGCUGUGCUCCUGCAGCCCCAGAAAAAGUCAGCCACCAAGCGCCUGAGAGAGGUGCUCAAUUCUGUCUUCCGGCAUCUAGAUGAGGUUGCUGCAGCAAGUUUACUGGAUGCCUCUGUGGAAAUCCCUGGACUGCAGCUCAGCAACCAGGACUAUUUCCCCUACGUGUACUUCCAAAUUGACCUCAGCCUUCUGGACUAGGUGGCCAGCCUGGUUCACUGCAGCCCCAGACCUCGCUCUAAGCCAGAUAACCAAGUCCUGCAGGAUCCUGACUCACGAGAUACUCACAGACAUUAGUUAGAGUGUAUUUAUUUUUUUAAGUUACAAUAAAAUGCUCAGUUCUGAGUCUCUUCUUGUGUUCUAACGUAACUCCAAACUUUCUCCUGAACGCUUCACAAAGAGCGAAAAGCCUGUAACAGGGUAACCCACUAACUAGGCUCUUGUCUUCGUGGGACUUUUAAUGGGAAAUUAGUGAGAAUGUCGACAACCUGAGCCUAAUUGUCACCGGUGAAGCCUCAAGACAAGACUUUGGGGCAGGGAAUGCGAUUCUCACUUGGUACCAAGUUUUUCAAAAGGUCUCGUCUUCAUUUAAAAACAUCGUUUCGGGCUAGAGAGAUGGCUCAGCGGUUAAGAGCAUUGCCUGCUCUUCCAAAGGUCCUGAGUUCAAUUCCCAGCAACCACAUGGUGGCUCACAACCAUCUGUAGUGAGGUCUGGUGCCCUCUUUUGACCUGCAGGCAUACACGCAGACA